GAAAUAAGGAAUAAACAAUAAGGAAAAGGUGGCUGCGCAGCGGCUUGAAGAGAUGCAGACUUGCGCUCCAAGUCAGUGAACAUGGGAGCGACCGCCAGCGCAAAACCACAGUUCACGUUCCCAUUUCUUUGCUCAUUCUUUUUUAUUGUUAUUCACCGACUCUGACUCUCUCUCCCAAUUCACUCGGAACCUAACUCACGUCUCUUCCUUUUUCUCUACCUACUUCUCUUCUCUCUCUUAAAUCACGCCGAUUCUCAAGAUUUUCCUGAGUUAUUGGGCUGAAUCACAUACGCCUUUUGCAACGAAGAAAUGCCAACCCAAACUUUCUUUACCAGAGUUUCCAGAGUUUUCCACGACCAUCCUUCUAUUUCCAGGCUCCUCGUUCUUGUCACCGUUAGUGGGGGGAGCCUUGUAGCAUAUGCCGAUGCUGGCCCAACCAAUGGUGUACCCAGUAUCGCUUCUACAGCCAAUGUAGAUGAGAAGAAGAAGAAGGUGGUAGUGCUUGGAACUGGUUGGGCGGGAACAAGUUUCUUGAAGAAUAUUAAAGAUCCCUCCUAUGAGGUUCAAGUGAUAUCACCUCGUAAUUAUUUUGCAUUCACCCCAUUAUUGCCAAGUGUUACUUGUGGUACGGUGGAAGCCCGUAGCAUUGUUGAACCAAUUCGCAACCUUGUGAGGAAGAAAAGGGUAGACAUUAGAUUCAAUGAAGCAGAGUGCUACAAGAUUGAUGCUGAAAAUAGAAAACUCUAUUGCCGAUCUAAUGAAAACAACAAUCUGAAUGGGAAAAAGGAAUUUGUUGUUGAUUAUGACUACCUAGUGAUAGCUGUGGGAGCACAAGUUAAUACAUUCAAUACCCCUGGCGUUGUAGAGAAUUGCCAUUUCUUGAAGGAAGUAGAAGAUGCUCAGAGAAUACGAAGAACUGUAAUUGAUUGCUUUGAGAGGGCAAGCCUGCCUACCUUGGAUGAAGAAGAUAGAAAGAAAAUACUUCAUUUUGCUAUUGUUGGUGGUGGCCCCACUGGUGUGGAAUUUGCAGCAGAACUUCAUGACUUUGUUAAUGAGGACUUGGUUAAAUUAUAUCCUGGACUACAGGAAUUUGUAAAAAUUACUCUUCUUGAGGCAGGAGAUCAUAUCUUGAACAUGUUUGACAAAAGAAUUACUACUUUUGCUGAAGAAAAAUUCCGUAGAGAUGGUAUUGAUGUUAAGACAGGAUCAAUGGUGAUCAAGGUAACUGAUAAAGAGAUUUCUACCAAGGAAAUGAAGAAUGGAGAAAUAUCUUCUAUGCCUUAUGGAAUGACUGUGUGGUCAACUGGUAUCGGAACCCGUCCAAUCAUAAAGGACUUUAUGACACAGAUUGGUCAGGCUAACAGGCGUGCUUUGGCAACCGAUGAGUGGCUACGAGUUGAGGGAUGUGACAAUGUAUAUGCACUUGGUGACUGUGCUACUAUAAAUCAACGAAAAGUCAUGGAGGAUAUUUCAGCCAUAUUUAGCAAGGCAGACAAAGACAAUUCCGGGACACUUACAGUAAAAGAAUUCCAAGAAGUCAUUGAUGACAUAUGUGAAAGAUAUCCUCAGGUGGAGCUAUAUUUGAAGAAUAAGCAGAUGCACAACAUUGUGGAUCUUUUAAAAGGGUCCAAAGGGGAUGUGGCAAAGGAGUCUAUCGAAUUAGACAUUGAAGAGUUUAAAUCAGCUCUUUCCCAAGUUGAUUCUCAAAUGAAAAACCUUCCUGCUACUGCGCAGGUGGCUGCGCAACAAGGUGCAUAUCUUGCCCAUUGUUUUAACCGUAUGGAAGAGUGUGAAAAGUAUCCUGAAGGUCCUCUUAGGUUUAGGGGAUCAGGACGCCACCGCUUUCGGGCCUUUCGGUACAAACAUCUUGGACAAUUUGCACCAUUGGGUGGAGAACAAACAGCUGCACAACUUCCUGGGGAUUGGGUGUCCAUUGGCCACAGCUCUCAGUGGCUCUGGUACUCUGUCUAUGCAAGUAAGCAAGUUAGUUGGCGUACAAGAGCACUAGUGGUUACGGAUUGGACGAGGCGAUUUAUUUUCGGGAGAGAUUCGAGUCGCAUAUGAAUCAAUUGUGACUGUGGAGUUGGUCUUGGUGCUUGAGUUUGAAGAUCAACUGUUAGUGUUGGCUGCCCAAGUUAAGUUUUUGAGCCAUUGCAACAUUAUGGGUUAAUGAUACACAUACACACAAAGUUUAGUUUACCUAAUUCAUCAGCGAAAUACGUAAAGAUGGUACAAUAAUAAUUUUGGUGGGAUUAGUUUUUUUGGGAUUUUUAUUAGUUCAUUGUUAGUAGUGAGCUUUUGUUCAAAUGGUUCCUGCGGCUUAAGAUGUAAGUUUUUGUAUUGAGUUUGUGAAAUGUGAUUUACUUGUACUCCAUUCUUGCAGUUGCGGGGGUUUUUCCCCCAAGAAAAUAAUAACAGAAAAAACAGUUUUUGUCCUGGAAUUGUUAUCUUAUAUAUACACAUUAUAGA